UCUUAGAAACAAAAAGGCUAAAUAAACCACAAUGUCUCUCUUAGCCCUCGUCCUAAUUCUCUUGGCCCUUCUUGGAUCCGUCGGUUGCCUCUUUCCAAAGCUAUCACGGCGCGGAGCUUCUAGAACCUUAGGGAAACUUCCACCGGGUCCACGUGGCCUGCCGGUCAUCGGACAUCUCCACAUGUUGGGGGAACUCCCACACCAAACCUUAACCCACUUAUCCAAUAUAUACGGACCCAUCAUGUCCAUCAAGCUCGGAGGUGUCCGAACCAUCGUUGUCUCGUCUCCACGCGCCGCCGAGCUCUUUCUCAAGACCCACGACCACGUUUUCGCUGCCCGCCCUAAAACUCAAGCAUCCAAGAUCUUCUUCAAUGGAUCCAAGGCCGUGACCCUAACUCCGUACGGUUCGCGCUGGCGAAAUGUACGGAAACUCUAUGUCGUUCAUCUCCUAAACUCGUCUAAGAUCGAACAGUUUAAACCAAUCAGAACAGAAGAGAUUGGUGUGACGAUGAAUCGUCUCAAAACCGCAGCGGAGAAGAAUGAGGUAGUGAAUGUCAGUAAAAUAUUGAUCGAGCUUUUCGAGAAUUUGGUGUAUAGGAUGGUUUUUGGACGUGGUAAAAACGAUGACGACACGAGGCUUAAAGAGCUUGUGGAGGAGGCUGUGUCAAUCUCAGGAGUUUUCAAUAUUUCGGAUUAUUUUCCUUUACUUGCUCCCUUGGAUCUUCAGGGUUUAGCUCGAAGGAUGAAACAACUAAGUCAGUCAACAAACAUAAUAUUUGAAAAGAUCAUCGAAGAACAUGAACAGCAAAAAGACCACAAGUCCAAGGACGACAAGGACUUCGUGGAUGUACUUCUGUCUUUGGAGAAUCAAUCCAUGGACCCACAAGACAAAAAUUCAGAAAUAAUCGAUAGAUCCCAUGUUAAAGUAAUAUUACUAGACAUGGUUGGAGCAGCACUCGAGACCUCUGCAAAGACGAUCGAAUGGAUCUUUUCAGAGAUCUUGAAGAACCCUCGUGUCAUGAAAAAACUACAAGAGGAGUUAGAAACUAUCAUUGGAACGGAUAGGAUGGUACAAGAAAGUGAUUUACCAAAGCUGACAUAUUUGGAUAUGGUUAUAAAAGAAGGUCUUAGGUUACAUCCCAUUGGACCCCUCUUGGUUCCUCAUGAAUCUAUGGAAGAUGUUUGGGUUGAUGGAUUCUACAUACCGAAAAAAUCGCGAGUAUUGAUUAACGUCUGGUCUAUAGAAAGAGAUCGUGGUGUGUGGGGAGAUAACACCGAAGAGUUCUAUCCCGAGAGAUUUGAAAAUGACAAUAUUGAUAUUCAAGGUUUAGAUUUCAGACUUAUUCCUUUUGGUUCGGACGAAGAAGAUGUCCCGGUAUGCAUAUGGGAAUAUUGAACGUGAGGCUUGUCUUAGCUCAUUUGGUGCAUUCCUUUGAUUGGAAGAUGCCUGAUGGAAUGGUUCACGAAGAGAUUGACAUGGAUGAGAGGUUUGGACUUACAGUUGGACGAGCAAAUAAUGUGCUUGCAAGGCCAAUCUAUCGUUUGAAUUAUUAGAAGUUGCAUAUCGCUUAUGUAUCAAUUUAAAAUAAAAUAAAUAAAGCUUUGAACAAGUUUGAUGUUGUAUCUUUGUUAGAGCCAUGUAAAUUUCUUUUUAUAAUAAUUAC